GCAGCGGGACGGGCCGCACCGGGCCGUGUCUGUGCGCCGCGGCGAGCCCCGGGCCCGCGGGCAGCGCCAUGGCCGAGACGAUUAUUAUCCGUGUGCAGUCGCCGGAGGGAGUGAAGAGAAUCACGGCCACCAAGAGAGAAACGGUGGGGACGUUCCUCAAAAAGGUGGCCAAGGAGUUUGGCUUCAGGAAUAAUGGAUUUUCUGUGUACACCAACCGCAACCGCACCGGCGAGAUCACGGCAGCGCAGAACAAAUCCCUCAACCUGCUCAAGAUCAAGCACGGGGAUAUGCUGUUCCUGUAUCCCUCCAGCCCAGCUGGCUCCUCCUCAGAGACCAUGGACACCUCUGUCUCCCAGAAUUCCCGGCCUGGGGGGGCCCCCCAGGUGGUGGAAGAUGAGAUUGACCAGUACCUGAUCAAGCAGGAUGGGAAGAUUUACCGGAACCGAGACCAGCAGCUGUGUCGCCACGGCCCCUUGGGCAAAUGUGUGCACUGUGUCCCACUGGAGCCCUUCGAUGAGGAUUAUUUGAACCAUCUGGAGCCUCCUGUGAAGCACAUGUCAUUCCAUGCCUACAUCAGGAAGCUGACCGGAGGGGCAGACAAAGGGAAGUUUGUAGCCCUGGAGAACAUCAGCUGUAAGAUCAAGUCCGGGUGUGAGGGACACCCUCCCUGGCCCGAGGGGAUCUGCACCAAGUGCCAGCCCAGUGCCAUCACCCUCAACAGACAGAAAUACAGGCAUGUUGACAACAUCAUGUUUGAGAACCACACAAUUGCAGAUCGCUUCCUAGACUUCUGGAGGAAGACAGGGAACCAACAUCUGGGAUAUCUGUACGGCCGGUACACGGAGCACAAAGACAUCCCGCUGGGCAUCCGGGCGGAGGUGGCAGCCAUCUAUGAACCCCCCCAGAUUGGCACCCAGAACAGCCUGGAGAUCCUGGAGGAUCCCAAAGCCGAGGUUGUGGAUGAGAUUGCAGCAAAGCUCGGCCUCAGAAAGGUUGGCUGGAUAUUUACUGACCUGGUCUCGGAAGACACACGGAAAGGCACCGUUCGAUACAGCAGGAACAAGGACACGUAUUUCCUGAGUGCAGAGGAGUGCAUCACAGCUGGCAACUUCCAGAACCAGCAGCCCAACAUCUGUCGCCUCUCUCCCGAUGGGCACUUUGGAUCCAAGUUUGUCACAGUUGUGGCUACAGGUGGUCCCGACAACCAGGUGCACUUUGAGGGGUACCAGGUGUCCAACCAGUGCAUGGCCCUGGUGCGGGACGAGUGCCUGCUGCCGUGCCGGGACGCGCCCGAGCUGGGCUACGCCAAGGAGUCCAGCAGCGAGCAGUACGUGCCUGAUGUCUUCUACAAGGACAUAGACAAGUUUGGGAACGAGAUCACCCAGCUGGCUCGCCCGCUCCCGGUCGAGUACCUCAUCAUAGACAUUACUACAACUUUCCCCAAGGAUCCAGUCUACACUUUUUCUAUUUCUCAAAACCCAUUCCCCAUCGAGAACCGCGAUGUGCUGGGAGAAACUCAGGACUUCCACAGUUUGGCCACAUACCUGUCCCAAAAUACUUCCUCCAUUUUCCUAGACAUCAUUUCUGAUUUCCAUCUGCUCCUCUUCCUGGUCACAAACGAGGUCAUGCCUCUGCGGGACAGCAUCAGCUUGUUGCUGGAAGCUGUGAGGACCAAAAAUGAGGAGCUUGCACAGACCUGGAAAAAAUCAGAGCAGUGGGCGACCAUCGAGCAGCUCUGCAGCACGGUGGGCGUCCCUCUGCCGGGACUGCAGGAGUACGGCGCCAUGGGCGGCUCGUCGCACGCCGUGGCCGCGGCCAUGUGGCCCUGCCAGCACUGCACCUUCAUGAACCAGCCAGGCACGGACCACUGCGAGAUGUGCAGCCUGCCCCGCUCCUAGCCCCGCUCUGCCCGGAGCCAGCCGGGGCGGCGCCUGUCCCUUCCCUCUCCUCCCUGCAGCUUCCAGCCCGGGCUGUGGAGCCCGGCACGGGUGGCU